AUGGUGGCUUUUCUGUUGCAGGAGGCAGGUGUUCGGUGUACAGAGCGGCGUAUCGGUUUGGUGGCGCUGUGCCGCGCUAGACUACUCGCAUCGAAGGAGAGAAGAACGUUGUCGUUUGGUUGUAGGUUGCGCUUCCUCACGAGUACUAUGCCGCGAGGCGACGCACACGGCGGUGCGGGGAAGACCUUCGAGCCGCUCCGAGGCAAGCACACGGCAACGCUGGUAUGGCUGCACGGUCUCGGUGAUACCGCAGAUGGCUGGAGCUCUGCAGUGCCAGAACUGAGGCUGUCCAGCACACGGGUUAUACUUCCAACGGCGGACACGGUUCCCGUGACCCUCAACUUUGGUACGCGGAUGCCAGCUUGGGCCGAUAUUUACUCCCUCAGCGAGAACGCUCGCGAGGAUCGUGAGGGCAUUCUGCGCUCAGUUUCACGGAUUUUAAAGAUUGUCGAAGAGGAGUGCACAAACGAGGGUGUGCGACCCGAGAGGAUUUUUUUGGGGGGGUUUUCACAGGGCGGUGCGAUCGCUUUGCAAGCAUACCUACGCAGCGAGCGGGACCUGGGCGGCUUUGCGGGACUCAGUACUUGGCUUGCCUUGCGGAACGAGGUAUUCGCUGCAGUUCCCAAAAGUAGGCGCAAAGGUCGUAUCGCUUUGUGGCACGGUGACCAAGACGAGAUCGUGAACUACCACUGGGGCGUCCACUCCGCGGAGCUUCUGCGCCAGAACCUGGCCCCUGGCUUCGAGGUAUCGUUUCGAACGGUGCAAGGCCUCGGUCAUGCUGUUGACCGCGAAGAAUUCGCAGAGCUGCGAAAAACUUUACAAGAAUGGACUCGCGUCGAGCAGUGA